CCAUUCAUAAAGCACUCAAAUGUUAACGUGGUCUACAUCCGGUCGCCGCUGUCAUAGCGCUGUCCCUUUCCCACUCACGCACGUAGACGGAGAACAACUAUCCGUCGUGCCUGUUCAGUCAUUGGAACAUCCGUUCAAUGGCUGGCGGUCAAGAAAAAUGGUAUUUUACAAAAGAGCAACUACAGAAUUCACCAAGCAGAAAAUGCGGUUUAGAUGCAGAUAAGGAGCUGGCAUAUCGGCAGCAAGCCGCAAAUCUUAUCCAGGAUAUGGGCCAGAGGCUUCAAGUGUCGCAGCUAUGCAUCAACACGGCGAUAGUGUACAUGCACAGGUUCUACGCGUUUCACUCCUUCACGCAGUUCCACAGGAAUGCCAUCGCUGCCGCUGCACUGUUCCUCGCCGCCAAGGUGGAGGAGCAGCCCCGCAAGUUGGAGUACGUGAUCAAGGUGGCACACGUCUGCCUGCACCGGGGCGAAGGCGUCAACGCGCUCUCCCCCGAACAGUACACAGAACAGGCCCAGGAUUUAGUUUUCAACGAGAACGUACUGCUACAGACCUUAGGGUUCGAUGUGGCGAUCGACCACCCUCACACGCACGUCGUACGCACAUGUCACCUUGUCAAAGCCCCCAAGGACCUGGCCCAGACGUCAUACUUCAUGGCGUCAAACAGCCUUCACCUCACCACCAUGUGUCUUCAGUAUCGGCCCACGGUCGUCGCCUGCUUCUGCAUACACCUCGCCUCCAAGUGGAGCAACUGGGCGAUCCCGCAAUCGAGCGAGGGCCGGCACUGGUUCUCGUAUGUGGACCGCAGCGUCACCACAGAGCUGCUGGAGAAGCUGACGGCUGAGUUCCUGCACAUCUUCGACAAGUGCCCCUCGCGGCUCAAGAGGAAGAUGAUGACCAUGUCCAACAGCGGAGGGUCUCCCAGCGCGCCGCUGGCCUCGUCGUCGUCGACGCCGGCGCCGACCUUCGACAAGAAGCACGCGCCCACAGACGACUUCGACAAGUCAUUUGAUAAAGAAUACGAACGCGAAAGACGUCGUCAACCAGUACCUGGCGGCUACGUGCCGGCAACCGCGCCGCCGCAACCGCAACCACAGCCUCAGAAAAUAGACUACAACCUAUACAGAGAGAAGAGAGAAAGAGAGGAACGGGAGAGGCGGGAGGAGAGAGAAAGACAGCGCCAGAUGCAGCGGCCGGGCGCGCCGCAGGCCCGGCCAAGUGGGUCGCAGCCGCCACCGCACCAUCCUCGCCCAAACGAGAGGCCGCAACACCAGCAUAAACCUCACGGGUCCUGGCCUGGGCACCAUAAACCCCCCCACCACAAACCCCCUCACGAAGCCCACCAUAAACAUCACCACCGCCCCCCUCAGAUGCCCCCUCCGGCAACUACGGCGACUCCGAAGCCUAAUCCGAUCCCCCCCAGUCAGCCCCAUCCCGAAGUCCCCCACAGGACGCGUCCCCCUUCACUGUUCUCCCCCGAGAACGCCACCACCCCCGCCGCGGCCGCUGCGGCGCCGCGCCGGCCGCAGCCCCCCCAACUGCCGCGGCCUAAGCCUGAAGUCAGGCCCCCGCAACCGGCUCCUCAACCCCCCCAAGAAAGGCUCCCCAGUCCGAAAAAGCGACCGGACCCUUCCUCUGCCAUCAGAGAGAUGCAACCGCCUGCUAUUCUAUCUCCUUUCUCAUCCCCUCCCGUCAAAGAGGCGCCCAAGCCUAGACAACGGCAACACUCAUCCUCUGAGCCGGAGUUGGUGCCGGUGGUCAAGAAACUUGACGAGACCCCCGGCUAUGAGAACGUAAUAAGGGACUCCCAAAGGGGGAAUAGCAUAAAGACCAGACCUCCAGAGGUCAAAGUAGAAAGGAAGCCCGAAGUGGCUCCUCCUAGAGCCCUAAACGGCAUAGAAACAGACCCCACACUAGUAUCAAAUUUAUUAAAAGAGAGUUUGGCUAAGCCAGCGCCUAUAACGGUCGCUACUGAGCGCAAAAGCCCAAUAGAAAUCAAGAAGGAACCAGUGACAGAACCGGCCGCCCCUCCUCCGGUGAUACAGGAACCCCCCCAACAGGAGGAACCGACAGAACACAAACAUAAAAAGGAAAAGAAGAAAAAGGAGAAACACAAACACAAAGACAGGGAUAAGUCGAAGGAAGAGAGGAAGAAACACAAGAAAGACAAAGAGAGAGAGAAGAAGAAGGAGCCGAGUCCUGCACAGGAGCAGAACGAUGGUGGACUGAGGAUAACCAUACCUAGAGAGAAGAUAGCGACAAGUCCCGGGUUGAAGAUUAAAAUACCUAAGGAGAGGUUGGCCGCGCCGCCGCCCCCGCCACAGACGUCCGGCUUGAAGAUCAAGAUAUCGAAAGACCUUCUAGAUACAUCGAGAAAGAGGACCUCGGUGCCAGAGCAGGGGCCCCCGCAGAAGAUGGCGCGGCAGAACGGCUCGCACCCCAAGGUCGCCGAGCCGCCAGUGGGGAACGGGCACGGGAGGUAGUGACGUCAUAGACGCCAUAUUGUGACGUCAUAGACGCCAUAUUGUGACGCCACCGGCCCCCGCCUUCACCGUGUGUCGGCGUUCCACGCAUCAACUUACGGACCUCACUAGAGUACUGUUUCAACGGUUAUUAGAACAUUUUUCACUUUGUUUUUUUUUGGGGAGGCUGUAUGUCGGGUGUGGUGGUGAUUAAAAAAAAAUUGGGAAAGAACGCCGUAAUUUGAACAUUGUCAAGUUGUUUUUAAGGAAUGUUACACCACAGCACAGUCGACUUAUGGCAUUAAGGUAACCCUGUUAUUUAUAGCGGAAUUUUAUUUUUUCAAAACAUGUUAAAAAGAAAAUAUUUUUUUUCAAAAACAUGGGAAUGUAAAAUACCAGACUAUAUGGAUUUUUGUCCCUUGCCUUUACCAAAUGGGAUAAAUUCGAAAAAAAAAAAAUAUAGAAAUCCGCUGUAAGUAAGAAUUACCUUUAACUGUUUUUAUAAAUAAAAUAAUACGGUCGAUUUUGGCUCGCUUUUUUUUAAUAAUACAUUAUGACAGAUGGGUGGCAUGCGAUGUUUAAAAACGCUUUCAAUAAAGCACACAUAUGUACGCUUUGUAAAUACGAUUCGGAGUUUCUGAAAAAAAAAAAUGUAAAUAGAAUAUGUGACUAAAGAUUUUUCGAAAAAUUAAUUAAAAAAAUUACUAAAAAUACCGCUGUGUGAAAUUGUUGAAAAAAGAAAAUGUGUAUAAAAUGAUUACACUAGGAAUAUUCAAAUAUAGCAACACCGCAUCUUAUAGCAAUAAAUAAUUAUAAUAGGUAUAGUUCACUUAGAUUAGGUAGAUAUUUAAAUAGAGACUGAAAUUAACUUCUUUUUUUAAUUUUGGAGCCAAAAUCGCCCCGGCCAUGGCGGAUACAGGUGCGAGAAUGCUAGUUACUAAAAAAAAAAGGUUUUUUUACACCGGGACUAUCUCUGGUAGAUGGAAAGAUGAUAAUAUACAAACGAUGAAAAAAACUGCCCAUUUUUUUUAAAGUGUCUCCAUACAUAUUUUCGAUGGAGCAUUAAAAAGAAUCAAAAGUGUUGGCUGCAAAUUAGCGCCUUAUAAACCAUUUGAUACGAUCGAUAAACGCUUAAACUUCUAUCGUUUUAUCGCUCAAAUAAAAAAAAUCUCCAUCGAAAUUACGUAUAGGGAAAGUCAUUCUAAUACUCUUCUAUAAACGAUGAAUGAUAUAUUUUCAUUGCAUUAGUUUCGUUAUAGGAUGUUGCAUUUACAUUAAUAUUUUCUCGUUUGAAUAUUGUUAAAAUGGGAAAUUUUAUCAGUAAUAUACAAUACUUUCUCUUGAUAAAUGCGAGUCCCUGCCAAGUAGUUAAAUUUUGCGGCAAAUCACUGGAUAAAUUUACAUGUAUGAUUAUAUUUAAAAGAACCGUUAAGCAAAGCAAAGGCUUGAAAGCGGUUGAGAUAUCAGCACACCCCGGAUACUCCAUACAAAAAUCUCAUUACAAUGUGCAGUCUUACGCGUAAGUGCGAGCGAUACAGUCCGCGCGCUCCACACUUACUCCUUAGCGGCUUACAGCCAUUUAAGACUAAAGUAAGAGGGUUUUUGAAACGUACGUAGAGAGUAGAUUGAAUGAUUCUUCAGUUUUUCUUUAUAUUGAUAUUACUGGUAUAAUUUUCCAUACAUCUUUUUUAGGUGGCGAAUAUGAAAACGGUCAAAAUAUGGUAUUGAAAAAUGACUAUUUUUUUGAUUUGACGCCCAUACAAGAUAUAUUGUUGAAUGAGAUUUCUUGUUUUUUUUUUUUUAAUAGGAAUAAAUGCACUUCUUUGCAAUGUACAAAAUACUAAUAAGUAUUAAAAAUUAAAAGGGUUCUGUACAUUGCAAAGAAUUUGAGUCGAAUUAUCAACUGGUCUUUUAAUUAUCGAUCCAAAGUAUAACUACCUUAUAUAGUUGGAAACAAUAUGAGGUUAACAUGCCUUCCGAAGCACGAAAUAUUAUUUUCGGAAAAUUAGGAGAUUUCAGCCAGCAAUGUUCUAACUAACCAAAUUUACGGACAGUCUCACAGUGAUUGUUCCAUUUGGCAUGCCCUCACUGGGAAUCGAACCUAGGACGUCUGGAUCGUGAAGUCCAAGGCUCUAAAAGCUAGACCACAGAGGUCGAUAAAAACAUCCAUCAUAUUUUUUUCCAUACAUUCUUUUUUUCCAUACAUUCUUUUUUCUGUGUGUACAAUAUACUAUAUUGCUGUUAUGUGAGUUAUAUUUUAGAACGAUAAUGAAAAGAACAAUGAGCAUUGACGUCUGUCCAGAUUAUUAUUAUAUUUGUUUCUGACAGACCCUGUAUAUGAAUAAGAUAUUUUUUUACGCGAAUUUUCUUAAUUACGACAACUUCUUAUGAAUAUUGUGACGUUAGGUAGGUAGUCCUUUUGAUGACGUAAGCGCGAUUGUUGAGAACAAAAAUAUAAAAAUACAUAAAAAACCAAAAAUGGUGUCUGUAUGUAACAGGAGUGGAUCCAGCUUUUAUAUCCGGGGGGGGGGGGGGGGUCCACCAGUACGGCUAACAUGCGUAACGUGAUUUAGUCACGGCCAUUUUAUCGAUUCUGACGAUAUAAUUAUGUCGAUUGGUGCUAAUAUGUGAACACAAAGUCAUGUCGAAAUGCGAACAAAAUCACGUGGCACGCAUGUUAGGGAAAAAAAACAAACUUAUCGAGUUCGACAAAAUUUGUUGAAGCGGUCGAUAAUUUUAUCGCGUCGCGCAUGUUAGCCCUGCAGGGCGUAGACAACCCACGUAUAGAAUUAGAUAAAAUUUUAGUGGUCCACCCAUGACCCAAACCGUCGCUGGGGGUCAUUAAACAGCCCCCCCAGGAUCCGCCCAUGAUAUGUAAGGGGUCUUUUAGACCAAUUAUGAAUGAACAGCCUGGCCUUAUCGUAUCGUAACUUCAAAGGUCACGGGUGGUUACCAUGGUUACUCUCCACCAACUCGCUCGGGAUCGCGGUGACCAUGGUUACGCCCCGCCGAUCUGAUAGGCAAACGGGAUCCACAUUCCCGCAUUUUCGGAGUCAUGCGACCUAACCUGUAUUGGGCUGGUUUUCCCUUCGCGGGUUGGAAGUUCAGACAGGCAGUCGCUUCUGUAAAAAACCGGCCCUGUAAAAUCUUCAGGUUAGUAACCGGACCCUGUGAAAAACGGGAUGAUGCUAGGGGGACGAUGAUCUGCGUAGAUAGCUACGACUAUUGGAAGAAGUCGUUAAAAGUCGAUAAGGUUGUUUUGCCGAGGGCGCUGGAGUUUAAAGCGAAUGGAAAUCGCUUUCGCCAUACAGACUUUGGAGAUAGAUACUGGUGACGAUUCUGGCGGACAAUAUUUAAUUUUAUUUCAGUUUGGCAGUUUCAAUACGUCCCUAUUUAUUUAUACAUUUAUUGUUCUUCUUCUAUAGUGUGGGUUGUGAGGUGGAUUACCAACCCCAUCAACCCUUGUGUCAGGGUUACUAAUGAACCGCCAAAGGCCCCUGACAUGGCUCAUGUAACAUUUAUUGUUACAAACAUUAUUAAUAUGACGUCGUUCAACGCCGAGAGGGCUUCCCCCUUUCGUAUGACGUGGAAUUCGGUCGUGUACUAGAUUCAAGAUCGUGUACGUCCCACUGCCGGGCACGGGCCUCCCCUCAAUCAACCGGAGGGGGUAUGGAGCAUACUCCCAAACAAAAAAAAAAGGCUGAAGACAGAUUUAAACUGACGAAAAAUAUCUUCAUUUUAACGUAUUAAGUCAGACAUUUUAUUGCCUUUUUCUACGCGUCUAAUGUCAAUAGGCCCGCCUCCUGUACGGUCAUGAGCAAUAUCAUGUACCAACUUUAGAACCCUGUCGCACUAUUAUAUUUGACAUUUAAUGAGACUUACGGUUUAAUUUGUCAAAAAAGUUAAUGUGACAUGGUAUCAAAGUGUAUAUUAGUACUCGUGACCGUACCACACUAAGCAGGUUAUUUCUAUCUGAAACACUUAUUUUUAAAGCUGUCAAUCUAUAAUAUAAUUAAGUAUGUCCUCUGGAAUCGCCAUAGAUAAGGUCCGGUGUUUGCGAAUUGUAAGUUUUAUUAAGAUUUUUAAUUUUAAAGCUAGCAUAGUAGUUGUUAAAGUUACGUUCGUUUAUAGAAGUAAGAUUGUAUAUAGUUAUGUACAUUUAGAGGAGAAUAAAAGAGAUUUCGGUUUUUUAAGUUCCGUUGCUAGCGUUCUUGGGGCACCUGUUAAACUGAAAUGUUUACUAUGCGUUUCAGAAUGUAAUCCGCUUCCUCGCUGUUUGGUUAGUUAAGGACUUGUAUGUUCAUGCUAGACCAUAUUUUGGAUAUUUAGCUGGGUUUAAUUGACCCUAAAACUGCAUAUUUGACAACCAUAAAAAUGAAUUAAACGUAAGGUUGGAACAGUAUGUUUUUCACAAAAUGGUUCAUGUUAUGUCGGCUAUAUUGGUCCCUCAUCUAAAAUUGUUGGAAAUAUAAUAAAUUUGAUUUUUACCAUACAAAGUUUUGCUAUUCCAUUGAUAAAUAAUUUAAUCUUGAAAAAUCAUGCCUAAAUAAACAUUACUGAAUAAAGUGUUCAAAAUUUGAUUUUUCCAUACGAAAUUUUGAUAUUCCUUUAAAAUAAAAUGUUGUAAGAUUUCCCCGUAUUGAAACAAUUUUGGGCUCAAAAUAUCUCGAAAUUGGUCUUUUUGGAUGUGCAGUUUCUCUAGCCUCCUGAAGUCUACUUGUCCUAAAUAUAAGACGAAGGAGGCACAAACCAACAGUAUGUAUAACCUAGUUCAAUGUAUUUAUAUUAUAGUAUAAAAUAUCUGUAUAUCUAGGUGUUGACGAGUCGUUUUGCUAACGCCACUUCACGCGUUAUUGUAGAUAUGUAAUUGAAAACAGCAUCUGGUCAGUGUUACAAGUCCAAGUGACUUGUAUCUGCCCACCCUGAUAGGGAGUACGGGCGUCUGUAAUCCGAAGUUAAUUCAUUUAUAUAUCUACCAGUCCUUAUAUGGGUUACGUAUCGCGCGACGCGACUAAAUGGAACGUACUUUUAUCGACUUAAGAUAUAUUUGCUGUAUCUGUUAGUUGAAGUAUUUAUCGCGUGUAGUAUUUAUCGCAACGCGCGCGAUGUCGUAACACAUAUAGCGGGAUCUGCUACCUUACAAAUAUAGUAUAUAGGCAGUGAUGUGUCGUUCGUGAUAAUGUUCCCACUGUGGUAAAAGGCACAAAAGUUAAGUAAAAAAACCAUUAUUAUUAACCUUACCUAGCCUUUAGGCGGGUAGGACCAGAGUACAAGAAAGAAAAAUUUGAAAGAAGCAGCCAGUGCCCUCAAUAAAGAGUUUUUACUACAGAAAAAUACACAACAGGACUCUAACACCAGUUAAGAAGAGACAGGAAAAUUCUCACUUUGGGAAUGUUCUCGGGAACGGCAUAUGCAUAUAAAAUGCCUUGAAAAACUAAGUAUUGGCGCGGUAAAGUGACUCUAUCACCAGCGUACUAAAUUGGCCAGGUUUCUUAAUGAAAAUGUGAUAUGUUCGGAUCAGGUGUAAAGAGGUUGUAUAACUCGUUGUAUAUGUGUAUACGUAAAAGUUGAACUUCAGUUCGUUAGGCACCCCUUAAGGAGACAGAGACUAGGUUUAUAAAGACAUUUAACUGAUCAAUACGUUAAAAUCGAUGGUUUAUCGCAAAGAAGCAAGUCAUUUUAUCGAUUUUAGUAUUUAUUAUUGACGGUAUUUCGAAAAUUUGUAACGAAAAAUACAACAUUUUCUAGAUACCCUCAAUUGUAGGUACCUACAUAUUUUGAAUUAAUGUGGUAUCAAUGUAACAGUUUCGAUAAAAUGCUAAUUAAAUUGAUUUUUUUUAAAUAAGUUUCUGUCUUCCCCCUUUGUAACUUAGUCGUCAUGUUGGAGAGAGUUUGGAAAAGUAAUUAUUGGCCUAAGGGAAUACUUUGCGAUUGGCGCCCAAAAAGGGGCCACUUGUGACCAGAGUCGAGAUGGGAUUAGAGAUAUUUUGUCUAAUAAAUAAACAAUAAGACUGUUGAAAGGUUUAUUUCUUAUUUUAUUUUUUAAUUUAUAGCGACAUCAGAAUAAAGCAUAAGCUUACGACUAAUCGACUAAAUACGAUAUCCUAAUUAGGGUAGUUAGAGAUACAUCCAUAGCAGGAUGCAAAAUGUACCCACACCUAACCGAACGAUAUAAAAACACAAAAAAAAACAUCACGUCUGUCAGAGGCAGGCAGUAAACUCCGGAAAAAAAAAGAAAAAGAAAGUUUCUGUCCAAUUUUGAAAUAUUCACAUUGUAAGUUGCAUUGAUAGUUUUUGAUGAGAGUGGAGGAAGCGAAGGUGGUGUGUCAAGAUCAGUGAUGUGCCCACUUUGGGAAUAUUCCCCGCGAUAAAAAGGCGCAAAACUUUGCAAAAAUAGCUUUAUUACCUAACCUUUAGGCAGAUAAGGCCAGAGUACAAGAAAGAACAGUUUGAAAGAGAAAAGCAGCUAGUGUCCUUAUGAUAAGAGUUUUUACAACGGUAACAUUCCCACUUUGGGAACAUUUUCGGGAACGGCGCAUCACUGAUCAGGAUCCUAGUAAGUGGAAUUGCAGAACAAAUAGUCUGUAAAAGCCAUUGUACGGUCACGAGCAUUAAUAUGUAUACAAUUUGGUACCAUGUCACAUUACCAUUUUUACAAAUUGAACUGUAAGUCUCACUUAAUGUCAAAUAUGUUAGUGCGACAGAGUCCUAAAGUGGGUACAUUAUAUUGCUCAUGACUGUACAAUGACAAAAGUCCAUCCUAACAAUAUACACAAAUAAACUCGCGCCUCCCCACUGGGGUAAGCAGUGACUAUGGAAUUCUGCCUACCUCAAUAGAAUAUAGGCGUGAACUUACGUAUGUAUGCAAGUUGCAAUGGUCGGUCAUUGACCUCACAACUCACAUGGUAUAAAAAGUUGCAGUAUACAAGGUAUAAGAAAACCAGUUAUACUCAAAAGUGACAGCUCACAUUUCAAGGUUAGCCCACUUAGCCCAGCUGACGUCAUCGCACCCUACGUUGCCAUUUCGUAAAACAAAUUACCCACGACCAAUGAUUUUACUUUGAAAUUUUAGCAAAAUAUUCACUUAAAGUUUGAAUUAUUUUUAUAUAAUGUGACAAGCAUAGUAAUUAAAAACAUUAGUCAGUAAUUCACUUAAUAUUCAGUAAUAAAAUUUACGUCCUUGGAAUGUUGGAGAUACCAAUUUAAUGGUAACACUGGCGGCAGCAAUGGCGGCUUUUCAUAGGAUUGAGCAUACCUGGUUUUCUUAUACCAUGGCAGUAUACAAACCUUUCAACUGUCCAUAUGACUUUACGCGACAGAAUCCACGAUGCGAUAGCGUGCGGGCGCUCUCUCGCUCUAACAAAUAACGGUUCUGAGGAACAGAAAAGGAUAGUGCUAUGUGAUUCAACCAUUAAAAGACGUCAUAAAUCUUCAUUUUCCGCUGAGCGGAGUAAAGAUAGGCUAAUAACAUAAGCUUAUUGUUUAUUUAUUAUAAAAUUACCGCCUUACCAAUAAAACAUAACCAUGUUUGAGGUUUUCGCUUUUAAUAUCACAAUUAAAACACAAAAUGGUGCUAAUUCCAGCUACACACCAUCUAAGUUUAUUAUAAGUUAUACCUGUCUUUUUCUGAUCCGCCGAAAAGGAAAGGGAGACACGUCAAUUUUCGGCAGAAAUUUAAAAACCCAAAAUUUACAUAGGUCAGUAACCCGACAGAAUUAAGUUGACAGUACACGUCAAACGGGUUCCAUACCAGCGAGAUACCUAUUUGAAUCGCCCGGGUUAUUCAUUCAUUCACUUUAAAAUUAACCGCUGUCAAUCACCUGUCCCUUUCCUUUUCGGCGGAUAAGAAAAUGACGGGUGUAACUUUAAAUAAAAUGAGGAUGUGUCAGCAGGAAUUAAGGCCAACGCCGGGUUCUUCCCUGAUUUUAACGCGGUAAAAACCCAGUAUUACGUGUUUUAAUUUAAAAAAAUAAAGGUGAACGUGUGUAUUUCACAGCAAAGCUGCUUACAUUUGAGCCACCAAAGACCCCUGACAUGGCUUAUGUAACAAUAGUAAACCAGGGUGAUGAGAUCGGUUAUUGGACUCACAACCCACAUGAGAGAAAAAGAGAUAGAAUUAUUCGAUUUAAAUUGUUGUGUCACACACCACUUGUUUAUUUUUUAUUGCUAAGGCGAUUCAUCUCUUACCAAUUCCACUUUGGUGCAAAAAGGGCCUAAAUUUGAAAAUAUAAAUUAAAUGGUUUAUCGUAUAGGAAUGCGUUUUAUAUAAUUUGGCGAGUGUGCGGGCAGUAAUAAAUCGCAGUCUUGUCUAAUAUACUAUUUAAUGAAAUGCCUAGCCCGUUUACUAAAUGCCGGGUAAACAUUAGACUAGGUAUUCAGGUGUUUCAUUGAUAAGUGCAUUGGGUUUGUUGACAACUAAACUAUUUCAAAACAGCAAAGUUAACUAUACACAAGCAUUUCACUUUAAUCAAACUAUCGAUCGCAUACUAUUAGCCGCGUCUCUCACGGGGUUAUUUUAGUAUCCUAGUAGUAAGCGAGGGUGUAUGGAAAUGUAUGAGCGGUGGCGCAAAAAAAAAAAACCGAUUAGUAAUUUGAAUUUAAUACCCGUAUUCUAAGAUGUAAUUUCGACUCUUCCUAUACUCGACUCUGCUUCAGCUGAGCAUUUUGGUAUUUUAAGUUGUCAUUUACUCCUCGACUUGAGGACUUUUAGACACUGGAAUCGAACAUAUGCUGUCAACAAAAUAAUACGAAAUUAAUGACGUCAUGUCAUACUAGAGUAAAUUCCAGUUGAAGGUUGAGGCGAGCGAUUUUUGAGCUGAGCUGGAAGAGGUCGCCUCAACUGUAGACGGAGUCAAAUAAUGUUCAAGUGAACAUCUUCGAAUACGGGGCCAGGCCCCAAGAAAUUUGAAUAUCCCCGUGUUAGACCACGGUUAGUCGGGAAGAUUUUUCUUCUUUUACUAUAGACUAAAUGUCGACCUUUUUUGCAACGAAUAGAGAGAAAGAAGACGAAAAAUUUACGGUUACAUGGUUUAAAAUUGAUUGUCUUUGUAACUUUUCUGUAUAAGGGUUGGCUCAUGGCAGUACCUCGUAGCACCUUCCUAUGCUUCUAUUUUUUUCUGUUACUCGGAACCGGCAACCGUACGCGGCACAAUCGGCGAGGCGAUAGCGUGCGGUCGCUCUCUCGCUCUAACAAAUAAAGUUUCUGCUUAACAGAAAAGGAUAAAGCAUAGGAAAGUGCGAAGAGCUGCUGACAGGUGAGGUUCAACCCCAUAGAUUUACUACUACCGUAGAUUGAACAUCAGCGCUCGAAAAGUUGUAUUCAAAGUUACUGUUAAUAUAGCGACGUUGACAGUACUUUACCUCAGUGCGCGAUUAGGCGCCGAACUGGCAACACGGGGAAGUGCAUCGUAAAAACUUGGAAAAUAGAAGCUCAAAGCGAAAAAAGAAGGAUGGAACAUCAUAUUUCUAAUAAGUAAUGACAUUAUGUAUAAAAAUUUUGAUUUUCGCAGUAAAAUUCUCAAAAAUUAUAUUUUUAGUUUUAAAUACACUAGAAUAAGGACUGGUCAAUCAGAGUCGCAGUAUAACCCGCCCGUGUUACGAAGCACCACGCGCUAAUAUACAUAAUAAGACUAUGCGUACUUUCUUAAUUUGACACGAUUUUAUUGAAUGUAUAUACCGCUGUGUACGAAUAUAUAGCUAAACAAGCGCCAUGUUUUCGCCGCAUUUUUGUAUCAAACGCUGUAUCUACGGUAGUGGUAAAUCAAUGUUCAAUCCUUAAGAGUGAGAGUUAGGAACACAAAAUAUUAUUGCAUUUCAUAGAUUAUAGUGAUUGAAGCUUCAUUUCUUAACUGGCUAAACUUAUAAAAUUAUUGUUACGACGCUUGCCUCGGGGAUUUGGUGACCAUUGUUAUGUUUCUUGUCUACAACAUUUUAAGCUGGUAAUAUUUGUAGGUUUCGUUGUAGGAAGUAUUCUAAA